AUGCAUUCAAAAAGAAAAACUCGACAUUUGAAAACACAUAAUGUAGUCAAAUCCUCAUCCACAAAACCAAAAUCUUCAUGCAAACCCGGAAAAUCAAAUAAUCAUAGCUUGCAAAUUUCAUCCGCGCUGUCUCCGGCCAUUUCUAAUUCAAACAAAUUAACUACCACCCCUACUAAAAAUCAUCAAUCGAUUAAAAAACCAUCGCCUAAAAUGUCGCAAGUUCUUUUAGGGUUUCCAGAUGGGAAUGUAGUCCUUGAAGAGGAUAUUGACCCAUAUUCAAGUAAAAUAGGUGGUAUUCCAAAUUGGUUAAUCAAAUCUUUUCCACCUCCACAUGAUUUUAUAAUUUGUAAAAAUU